GUUUCAUCGUGUACUUCUACUAUGAUUGACAUCCACAUCAGCGACAGCAUUAGAUUCUCUUAACUUAGGUGUAUAUACUUCAACAUGGGAGAGCAGGCCAAAGCGUCGGAUUUAGAAGAAGUUUCCGAUGUCGCGGUCAUCUGUGGUGAUACAGAAUGGGACCUCCAUCAAUCGAUUCUCCGCGACGCCUCUACACACUUCCGCGAUAUACUUGCUGAUUCAAAAAUUAAGUCGCCUAUAUAUUUGCAGUCUUUUAAGGAUCCCGUCAAAUUUCAGUGGCUCGUUACAUACAUAUACAGCAAAGAAGUCGAGCCAGACCUAGCACAACUCCUGGCGAAACCUAAGACCAUAACGCGAGCAUGCGUGGACGUUCUUUUUAUGGCAACCCGCUUCGGCGUAGAAUCCUUCCAGGAUAUAAUCCAUAAACCACUUCGACGUUUAUUCAGCAUAGAGGCCGUGAAGUUUCAAAUCCAUCUUCAUUGUUUCAUCAUGGAUAAGGGAAAAAUUUCCGACUGCCCGGCUCACGACGAUCAUUUCACAAAUAAGUUCUUUUUCCUCGCUCGCCUCGUUUACACGAACGAAAGCUUCAGGAGAACUCGCCGGAUUUUUGUGCAGUACUUCAGCUUUACUUUGUAUCAAGCGCUAAGGACGGAUCGAUACCGUCGUGAGAUUGAGGUCACACCGGGCUUCGCGGAGGAACUUUUGUUCGCGCUGGUAGAUGAUGAUGUGAAUUGCCAAAAUGGCACGAAAGAAUUGAAUAGCAAAUGGCAUGGGGUGGUAUCGCCCUGUUCAUCUGCACCAUUUCUCUCACACCUUGUAUAG